UCUUCUCACUUUACUAUGUAAGAUAACAGUGACUUGCCGAACGUACUUAUAAAACAACAAUUAAAACAGUACGCCAACUUGUCAAGUUGUUAGUGAUUAUUUAACGUCGAACACGAAGUAUAACAAAAUUGUUUUUAUCGUGUCGCGAGUUCAAUGAUAGAAUAUGGCAGAAACGAUUGGUGUAUUACGAUCGAAUUCUUUCAUAUUAUCCGGAACGUAAUGAUUGAUGAUUUGAAAAAACCAGUAUUUUUGUUGAAUUUUAUAGCUGUAGAAAAUGAUCCUGGUGUAGUGUUGUGUUUAUAUGGUAAAGUGGAAUAAAAAAUGGCACCGUUUUUGGAAACUUUUCAUCAAACGCUGGCUAUUGUGCCAGUCGGUUUCAAUGAACUAAUAAUGGGCUUCGGAUUUGGCUGGUCUGCCCCAACUCUACAAAUACUCACAGAUUCCAAUGGACCAAAACCACUCACAGUGACCCCAGAACAAAGCUCCUGGAUAGGAUCCCUAAUGGACUUCGGUAGAAUCUUCGGACCUCUGAUAUCUGCUGUUCUGCUAGACAAGCUAGGUCGCAAAUUACUACUGGGUAGCUGUACUGUGAUAUUCUGCAUCGCGUGGCUCAUGAUCAUACUUUACAAAGAGGUCUGGGCUAUUUACACGAUGAGAUUGCUAUUUGGCAUCGCAAUGGGAGUAAACGACGUAUCAUCGUCUAUCUACUUGGCCGAAGUUAGUUCGCCUAAAAUUCGAGGCUUUUUCUGCGGUGUAACGAUGGUUGCCUCUUACAGCGGCGAACUAUUCGAGUUCAUUAUAGCGACGUAUUUUUCAUACAACGCUGUUGCCAUUGUGAACGCAGCUUCGAGUUUCGUAGGCGUCUUGUCCACAUUUCUAUUAACCGAGUCGCCUCAAUUCCUCAUCAUGAAAGGGAAACUAAAGAAGGCCGAAAAAAACUACCUCUGGUUAAAAGGUACCAAUAAAUGGGACGAGGUGAAUUCAGAAUUCGAGAAGAUACGUCAAAAUAUCGAAGAAGAAAAAGUCAAACGAGAAUCGUUCUGGAAGCUGCUGAGCGAUAAAGCGAACAGGCAAAGUUUAAUUAUAACCCUGAUAUUAAAUUCGUUAACCAUGACUACGGGAUUCGCUGCCAUAACGUCUUUCGCAUCUUUAGCCUUUUCAUCUUCGGAUAUCCUGACGCCUAACGAGUUCACUAUUUUAUUCGGCGUAGUCCAAACCUUGGCUUCAUUCGUAGCUAUGCUGAUUAUAGACAGAUUUAACAGAAGAACGUUGAUUCUAGCAUCUUACGCGUUAUGUGUAUUAUCUCAUAUUGCCUCGGCAGGUCUGUACUUCGUUCAUGAGAAAAUCACCCCCAUAGAGUAUUUCCCAUGGUUCAUUUUCGUCUCGAUUAGUUUAUACGCCGCUGUAUACGCUUUACUCUAUCCAGUGGUGCAUAUAAUUAGGGGAGAGUUAUUCCCACAGAGUAUUAAGGCUAUAGGGGGCUCGGUGGCUAUAAUGACUCAUGCUUGUACGGGUUUCAUGACAGCUAAAAUGUUCCUACAGGUGGCCGAGCUUCUGGGCAUGUACGCUAAUUUUUUAUUUUUCGCCUUAAUUAGCAUAACCGCGUUAUUCUACGCGUAUUUCAAGUUACCAGAGACCAGAGGUAGGACUUUGGUAGAUAUACAGAAAUCUAUGACGACGUAGUUCUCAUCUGAGUAUUUGUACUUUUCCGCAGUUAGGUACUCUUUAGUUGGCACGAACAACACGAGGAUUUAUUCGACUGCAUCUUUCGAAUCCAUUUUCAAGGUGAUUGAUUCAAAAUUCGUACUUACAAGUCGUAGUUUAGGUACUUAACUUACCUUCACUAAAAGUUACACCUGCUCUAGGAAACUUGGUGAUGAUACACGAUUUAUUCAUCUGAAAAAAUAAAACGAAAGUGUGAUUUAAAAUUUCAGACAAGAAAAAUGCAGAGGUAAAUUAUUAAACAAGGUGUCUCAGCAUGAUAUCGCCAUCACAAAUUAUUGAAAAAAAAAAAUUAAAUCAAACACGACGGAAAAUUUUUAAAAUAAAAUACAUACCUAGGUAUUUUUUUGUAACUGAAAAUUCAUUUGGAAUAAAAAUAUUUUCGUUGAA